CAGUGACGUCAUUACGUUCCACUUCCGUUACGCCGCCAUUUUGUGAAUGGACGCCGUUGCCAUCGACAUCCUGAAAGCAGACUAAAACAAACGCGAUUCCGAGCCUAAUUUAACACGACAUAGCGCCAGUUCAGUCGCGUUUUAACCCACGACGUUUUCCUCAGGAAAAACAAAUCCAAUAGCUCGCGUUUUCGCCGAGAACUGAUCAAAGAUGUCGGAGGAGCAGAUCCUGGGCGAAGAGCCGCUGAUGAAGAUGGAGGAGAAUGAUGGAGAGGGUUUCGGUGAAGAGGAGAUCCUGGGGGCCGAUGAAGGAGGCCAGGGAGAGGCGGAGGGCUCGAAGAUAGACGCCAGUAAAAACGAGGAAGAUGAGGGGAAAAUGUUCGUUGGAGGCUUAAGUUGGGACACAACAAAGAAAGACCUGAAAGACUACUUCUCUAAAUUUGGAGAGGUGGUGGACUGCACCUUAAAACUGGAUCCUUUAACAGGCCGGUCCAGAGGAUUUGGAUUUGUUCUGUUUAAAAAUGCUGAAAGUGUGGAAAAGGUGAUCUCACAAAAGGAGCACAAACUGAAUGGAAAAGCGAUUGACCCUAAGAAAGCAAAGGCCAUGAAGUCCAAAGAGCCUGUGAAGAAGAUAUUUGUAGGAGGUCUUUCCCCAGAUACUCCAGAAGAGAAGAUCAGAGAGUACUUUGACGCCUAUGGAGAGGUGGAAUCCAUUGAGCUGCCAAUGGAGAAUAAAACAAAUAAAAGACGAGGUUUUUGUUUUAUAACAUUUAAAGAGGAGGAGCCAGUAAAGAAAAUAAUGGAGAAGAAGUAUCACAACAUCGGUUUAAGCAAGUGUGAGGUCAAGGUGGCCAUGUCAAAGGAGCAGUACCAGCAGCAGCAGCAGUGGGGCGGAAGAGGAGGAUACGCCGGCAGAGCCAGAGGGAGAGGAGGUCCCAAUCAGAAUUGGAACCCGGGAUACGGAAAUUACUGGAAUCAAGGUUAUGGAAAUUACGGGAACUAUGGCUACAACAAUCAAGGCUAUGGUGGAUACGGGGGCUAUGAUUACACGGGUUACAACAACUACUACGGAUAUGGUGACUACAGCAAUCAGCAGAGCGGCUACGGCAAAUCCCCGAGGCGAGGCGGCCAUCAAAACAGUUACAAGCCGUAUUAACGAGAAACGUGCAGGUAUGUUGUCGCGUUGCUCACGCCGAUGCAACUUUAGUCUCUAAAUCACCAUUUGUAAACAUUUUUUGUAAUGUACGUUGCUUAAUUUUUGUUUUUCUCUAAAGUUUCACAGCACCCUGAAGUGCUUUACAGUAGUGGUAACAUAGAGACAUAGAGAAACAGCUGGCUUUUGGCUGUUUCUUGCCAUUUUUUUUUUUUGGGUUUUAACUGUAAAAAUUAACAGGUACAGUACUGCUAAAUGGGUACCAGAAAAUAUGGAAUUACAAGGAAAGAAAACCGAAGAAUGUUGUCUCCUAACUCUGACAUAUACCUUGUUUGUACCUGCCAGCGGGGACUUCCUUGCAGGCCAUGAGCUGACUUCCCGAUUGUCUCAGGCCCGCUCAAUGCGGACAGGGUACGAGAGGCGUACGCUCUCGAAUGCUCCCAUUUGGUAUGGUCUUCCAACAUCCUGUAUACGAAUUGUAAAAACAAAACAACUACAGCAACAAAAACAUAAAAAGGACACGUCAAGCUUUUAUCUUCUGUUUUUGUUUUGAGUGUAUUUUUAUUCUUUUUUUUGUGUUAAAAUGUUCCUCUUAGAACGUCUUGGGAUUGGUCUUAUGUAAUAAUAUAUUAUAAUGUAAUGCCAUUUUUUCCAGGCACCAUCAAGUAAUGGUAAAAUAUGACACGAGAGCCGGAAUUAAAAUUAACUGUUCACUUUUUGAAGGAUACGGCUUUCUCUGGACUUUCCAGUGUUAAUAUGCACUUCUAAUCUAAUCUUACUUGUAAUGCUUGCUUUUCUUUACUUGUAGCUCGUGUAGCUGUAAUAUCCUGUAGUCCAUGAGCUAAAAGCCGGUUUGUACUUGGAUGCCGCUGCGCCGGAGAAGUGCUUUUUAUUAUUAUUUUUUAUAUAUUUGUAUUGUGUGGUUUUCUACUGACAGCGGUGGACAAAGCUUCACCUGUAAACCGUGUUAAUUUCAUCUAACAGAUUCUCUUUUUUAACCUUUUGAAAUCUUGGAAAGGUCAUAUUGUUAUGCUUGUAAUGCUUACCUUUUUGUCUUUUAAUUUCCAUCGAUUCAAGGUUGCGCAUUAAGUGUUCUGAUUCCACAAGUUUUUAAUUUAACGCUAUUGUAUUUGCUAUUAUUCGAUUUCAAAGUCAUGUCUUGUCUCCUUAUUGAAAUUAUUAGAGAAUUGGGAUUCCUUUACAUUUUAUGAGUUUGUGUCCUUCUGAAGCAUAAUUGCUGUUUUCUUUUUUGUUUUUCAGAUGGACGAGCGACUCGAAAGUCAACCCUGAGAGGAGAAAACAAGAGGGCCAGACUUAUUAAAUAUGGAGUUGAUCAACACGUUACUACACUUUGGUCGCCAUUUCAUUCACCAGUUCUUUGAAGUUACUUUGAAGGACACACACUAAAGAAUAUUUCAAGUGUUAUUUCGAACUAUAACGUCCAGAAUAUGUGUUUUUGUGUUUGAUUUGUUGUAGCUUGUGUACGUUUAUAAUCGUAUUCCUUGCUGUGUUGCUCUCGUGCAUUUCUGUGUUGUUGAGUACAAUGAACUAUAGAGAGCCCAAAUCAUUUAGAAAUUAUUUGUAUACAGGUCUAUUAAUUUAUUGCUUACAAGUGCGUACAGAGCGUAGGCCAUUUAAUAUUCAUUUCAUAUUGCAGUAUUUUGCUACAGAGUCAUGUAAACCAUUGGAAAAUACAACAAAAUAAAGUGUAUGAAACUUUA